AUGAAUGAGAGCGAGGAGGGGGUUCCCUGCCUGGACGGGAUCGGGCCAGAGAGCGAGGAGGGGGUACCCCAGACAGAUGGAGCCAUGAGUGAGAGCGAGGAGGGGGCUCCCCGCCUGGAUGGGAUCGGGACGGAGAGCCAGGAGGGGGCUGGGACAGUGGAGCCGCAGGGGGACGCUUGCUGGAGCCAGCAGCAGACUGAGGGGCAGCAGGGCACCGGCCGCUUCGAGGUGGGACCAACAAUCUGUGCUGAGUGCGGGGAGAGCUUUGGGGACGACGUGGCCCUGCUGGCCCACCGGGGGGCGCCCUGCAGCGGCGCGGUGGAGAAGCCGUUUGGCUGUUCCGGCUGUGGGCGGCGGUUCAGCCGCAGCUCCAACCUGCUGCGCCACCAGCGGGUGCACACGGGCGAGCGCCCCUUCACCUGUGCUGACUGCGGCCGGUGCUUCAGCCAGAGCGCCCACCUGGCCAAGCACCGGCGCCUCCAUGGCACCGCGGGGCUCCCCACCCCGCCAGCGGAGCGCAGCUACAGCCGCAGCCCCGAGUUCCUGCGGUUCCAGCGGGCCCACGCCGGGCAGCGCCCCUUUGCCUGCCCCGACUGCGGCAAGCGCUUCAGCGCUGGCUCCUCCCUGGUGCAGCACCAGCGCAUCCACACGGGCGAGCGCCCCUUCCCCUGCCCCGACUGCGGCAAGCGCUUCCUGCGGGCCCCGGACCUGGCGCUGCACCAGCGCAUCCACACGGGCGAGCGCCCCUUCCCCUGCCCCGACUGCGGCCGCCGCUUCAUCCGUGGCCCCGACCUAGCGUUGCACCGGCGCACCCACACCGGGGAGCGCCCCUACCAGUGCGGCCAGUGUGGGCGCCGGUUCAGCCGCGGGCCCGGCCUCCUGCUCCACCAGCGCACGCACACUGGGGAGCGCCCCUACCAGUGCACCCAGUGCGGCCGCCGCUUUAGCCGCAGAUCCAACCUGGGCCGCCACCUGGCCACCCACAGCAUGCUGCGGGGGGACCCCACCCCAGGGGGAGAGCCCAGUGCAGAGACCCUCAGGCAACAGGGAAUCCCUGCGGAGGGGGAGGAGUCCCAAGGGCUAAAGGGGCGGAGCUCAGAGGCUAUGACCAAGCAGGGAAUCCCUGCAGAGGGGGAGGAGUCCCAAGGACUGAAGGGGCGGAGCUCAGAGGCUGUGAGCCAGCAGGGAAUCCCUGCAGAGUGGGAGGAGUCCCAAGGGUUGAAGGGGCGGAGCUCAGAGGCUGUGACCCAGCAGGGAAUCCCUGCAGAGGGGGAGGAGUCCCAAGGGCUGAAGGGGCGGAGCUCAGAGGCUGUGACCCAGCACGGAAUCCCUGCAGCGGGGGAGGAGUCCCAAGGGCUGAAGGGGUGGAGCCCAGGCUCCCUGGUGGCUCCCCUGGGGAAGCGCCACAGCUGCCCGGACUGUGGUAAGGGCUUUGCCCAGCGCUCACACCUGCUGGUUCACCGGCGGGUGCACACCGGGGAGCGCCCCUUUCCCUGCCCGGAGUGCGGCAAGCGCUUCAGGCAGAGCUCGGUGCUGGCCCGGCACCGGCGCACCCACACGGGCGAGCGCCCCUUCGCCUGCGGGGACUGUGGCCGGCGCUUUGCGGAAAGCGCGGUGCUGCUCCGGCACCGGGCCGUGCACUCCGGCGAGCGCCCCUACUGCUGCAUGGACUGCGGCCGGGGCUUCAGCCUCCGUGCCAACCUCCUCCAGCACCGGCGGCUCCAUGCCCGGCGCCCCCACGUCUGCACUGACUGCGGCAAGGCCUUCAGCGAGGCCGCAGCCCUGGCCGCCCACCGCGGCACCCGGCAUGGGGCCGGCAAGCCCUUCGCCUGCACCGGCUGCGGCAAGCACUUCGGUCGCAGCUCCACGCUGGCUCGGCACCGGCGCAUCCACGCUGAGCGGCCCCACGAAUGCUCUCGCUGUGGCCGCAGAUUUGGGGAGAGCGCCGAGCUGGCGCAGCACCUGCGAGUGCACAGCGAGACCCCCUACGAGUGCGCCCGAUGCGGGGAGCGCUUUGCCCAGAGCCACGCACUGAUCGCACACCAGGCCUUCCACGCCGAGCCAAGCCACGGACAGCGCCACACUGCCCAUGCCCACCAGUCCCCCCUUGCCAAGCAUGGGGACAGCGUCCUGCCCAAGUCCCCAGCUGUGUCCCACCAGAGACUCCACACGGGAUAG